CUUCAAAAUCUUACUCCUGUAGAAGUAAAAAGGCGAACUUCUCUCUCAGAAAUCCUUGUGCGCUGCUCAUUCUGUGCAUUGCAACUCCCAUAUAAAAUCCCAGUUUUGAACUUGCAAAUGCUCUGACUUGAAAAUGGAAACCCUAGCUCUCUCUCGCUUUCCGCUCACCUCCGCCCACAGCUCCGGCAUUACCUCCCGCCACCGCACUGCCUCUAAAUCCACUUUCUCUCACUUCGCCUCCUCCUCGGCCGCCCGCUUCCCGAUUAUCAAAUGCGCCGCCAUCUCUGCCCCUCCCUCAUUAGUCGACCAUUCGGAGAAAUUCAAGGAGGCUGCGCAGCACGGGAAUUUGAUUCCUCUCUUCAGGUCAAUUUUCUCUGAUCACUUGACUCCGGUGCUUGCUUACCGAUGUUUGGUGAAGGAAGAUGACAGGGAUGCGCCCAGCUUCUUGUUCGAGUCUGUGGAGCCUGGUCUUGAUGCUUCUGCUGUCGGGAGGUAUAGUGUGAUUGGUGCUCAGCCAACUAUGGAGAUUGUUGCAAAAGAAAAUAUGGUGACUAUUAUGGACCACCAUCAAGGAAAAAGGACAGAAGAAUAUGCAGAGGAUCCGAUGGUCAUUCCCCGUAGGAUUAUGGAGAACUGGAACCCUCAACGACUGGAUGAACUCCCUGAGGCAUUUUGUGGUGGUUGGGUUGGCUACUUCUCUUAUGAUACAGUACGCUAUGUUGAGAAGAAGAAACUGCCAUUCUCAAAAGCCCCUCUGGAUGAUCGAAACCUUCCUGACCUUCAUAUAGGACUUUAUGAUGAUAUUAUUGUGUUUGAUAGUGUGGAAAAGAAAGCAUAUGUCAUACACUGGGUGCAGUUGGAUCGUUUUUCUUCAGUUGAAGCGGCCUAUAAUGAUGGAAUGAACCGGCUGGAAGCUCUUAUGUCUAGGGUGCACGAUAUAGUGCCUCCUAGGCUGGCUGCGGGAUCAAUCAAUUUACAUACUGGCCUCUUUGGUUCUAAAUUGAAGAACUCAACAAUGUCUAGCAAAGAAUAUCAGAAGGCUGUUUUGAAAGCAAAAGAGCACAUCAUAGCUGGGGACAUUUUCCAAAUAGUUCUCAGUCAAAGGUUUGAAAGGAGAACAUUCGCUGAUCCAUUUGAGGUAUACCGGGCAUUGAGAAUUGUAAACCCCAGCCCGUAUAUGACUUAUUUACAGGCUAGGGGGUGUAUUUUAGUUGCUUCAAGUCCUGAGAUUCUUACUAGAGUUAAGAAGGGAAAAAUCACAAAUCGACCACUAGCAGGGACUGUCAGGAGAGGAAAAACACCUAAAGAAGACCAUAUGCAGGAAAAGAUUCUUUUGAAUGAUCAAAAGCAGUGUGCAGAGCACAUAAUGUUGGUUGACUUGGGAAGAAAUGAUGUGGGAAAGGUUUCUAAAUUUGGUUCAGUGAAUGUUGAGAAACUAAUGAACAUUGAACGCUAUUCCCAUGUCAUGCACAUCAGCUCCACGGUCACUGGAGAUAUACUGGAAAAUUUAAGUAGCUGGGAUGCUUUGCGGGCUGCACUGCCUGUUGGAACUGUUAGCGGGGCUCCUAAGGUGAAGGCCAUGGAAUUGAUUGAUGAGCUGGAAGUAACAAGGCGAGGACCAUAUAGUGGUGGAUUUGGAGGCAUUUCCUUUUCUGGUGAUAUGGACAUUGCCUUAGCUUUGAGAACCAUCGUUUUCCCCACUGGAAUGCGUCAUGACACUAUGUACUCUUACAAGGAUGUGGAUAAGCGACGAGAUUGGGUUGCUCAUCUCCAAGCUGGAGCGGGUAUAGUUGCCGAUAGUGAUCCUGGUGAUGAACAAAGAGAGUGUGAAAACAAAGCUGCAGCUCUUGCCAGAGCCAUUGAUCUCGCAGAGUCUUCAUUUGUUGAGAAAUAGUAUCUUGGACUAGUGUAGAGGUUGUGGUUUCUAGCCAUGAAAUACAGCGAAAAAAGUAAGUUAGGAGAGUGAAGGGAUGAUAGGUCUUUUUUGUUGUUCUUAGAAUGCUUAGAGGGAAUGACCCCAGCAAUGCAAAUCUCAGUGAUUUCAUCAAUGUUUUGCUCGUACUCUCCCCCUUUGAAUGCUAUGGACGUUUUUGCCCACCAGAACUGAGCCUAAUGGAUUGAGAAAUAUCCCAAUAUAUGAACAAUGAAUCUAUAUAUUAUCAAUACGUGAAUUUGGUGAA